AUGCAAUUACAGAUGCAAAUCUUUGUUAAGACCCUCAAUGGAAAGACCAUAACUCUCGAGGUUGAGAAUUUUGACAUCAUUGAUAAUGUUAAAGCAAAGAUUCAAGGCAGAGAAGGAAUUCCUCCAGAUCAACAAAGGUUAAUAUUUGCUGGAAAACAACUUGAGGAUGAUCGAACACUUGCUGAUUACAACAUUCACAAGGAGUCCACCCUCCAUCUUGUGUUGCGUCUUCGUGGAGGUUAUAGGGACGAUGAAGUUUAUCCGAUCAUUAUUAGGACAUAUAAGGCGGAAAAAUUUAUCUUAGAAGUCAAGACUGGCUUUACAAUCGAAAACAUUAUAAAGGAGGUCCAAGAAAAAGGAGAUUAUAGGGAUAGGCUACAUAUGCUCUUAGAUGGUCAACAUCUAGAAAAUGAGAAGAGUCUAUUUGAUUAUAACAUUCGAAAAAAUUGGACACUCCAUCUUAUACGGCGAUAG